GUGUUGAAAAAGAGGGGGCUGAAGAAGGACCAGGGUAUGGAAGACGAGGACGCCGAUGAAGAUCCUGAAGCCUUGUCAGAGAGUGCGCAAAAGGCCGUGGACAAGGCCACAGGGAAGAAGCUGAAGCGACGAGAGCUGAAGGCUCCAAAGAAGAAGUCCAGGUCUAUUGUCAAGAAGAGCCUCGAUGAGGUGUUGAAGUCUGCUAGUGAUGAGGAUGAGCGACCCAAUUUUCUACCUGCCAAGCGCGAUGUUUACAAAGAGGUUGGCAUCACCAGGCAGGAGGUGGAGAGGUAUUGGAAGCGACGAGAUGAAGCGUCCAAAAAUUUUGUGGACAAGUUUGUGGGUCCAUACUUCAUCAUCUAUCCGAUAUUGAUCAUCAUCAUUCUCUACCUGAUCUACGACUCCAUCGUGAACCCGCAGGAGUUUGUGACAGCCUCCCCUACUGGACUGGACUAG